AUGUUUCGAGACGGACUGCUGAAGGCGGCACAGACCACAGGAGCGUGGAUAAUCACGGGAGGUCUGGAUUGCGGCGUCGUGAAACACGUGGCUCGAGCGCUCGACGAUGCUGGUAUAUCAGCAAGAAUGCGGUCGAAAAUAGUGACGAUCGGCAUCGCUCCAUGGGGAAUCGCAAAAGAUGCUCAUGUCCAAUACGACCCACAUGCGUUCGGGUCAUCGCAGGGCAUGGGUGUGCUAAACGAUCGGCAUUCGUACUUUCUUCUCGCUGAUAACGGCACGAGUUCAAGAUACGGAGCUGAUCUGCACCUUCGGCAAAAUCUCGAAAAUUACCUCGCGGGUCGAGCUGAUGAAGACGGCUCAAGGAAAAUGCCUGUAGUUUGUGCCGUUUUGGAAGGCGGCACCAAUUCUCUGACAGCUAUUCAUCAGUAUUUGACGCAG